CACUAUUGUCAGUCAAGUUGUAAACACACGAGUUGCCGGUUGCUGAUUAUUUGGUGCCUAGUAUCUUGUAAAAAACAUACAAUUAAAUCGAAUUUAUAACAUAAAACAUAUCUAAAUAAUAUUCAUAAAGAUGUUAGUGAAGAAGCUAUUCACUCUGGUGUUCAUAAACAACGAAGAUCAAAUAUUACUGGGUCUAAAGAAGCGAGGUUUCGGUGUAAAGAAAUGGAAUGGUUUCGGCGGGAAAGUGGAGCCUAAUGAAACUAUACUGGAAGCAGCGGCGAGAGAAUUAAAUGAGGAAUGUUGCGUGAGCGUUAGACCCAGUGACUUGAAGAAUAUCGCACAUCUAGAGUUCACUUUUGAAGGUCAGCCUACGUUAAUGGAUGUGCGAGUAUUUUCCACGAAUGUGUUUGAAGGAAAUCCUAAGGAAACUGAAGAAAUGCUACCCAAAUGGUUCAAGAAUACCGAAGUUCCCUUCGACGACAUGUGGCCUGACGACAGAAUAUGGUUCCCAUACAUGCUGCAAGGCAAGAAGUUCUUUGGUAAAUUCCACUAUGAGGGCUUCGAUAAAAUUCUCAAUUAUAAAAUCGAGGAAAUAGAUUGCAUGAAGACGUUUUAUGCUGGUAGAAAAUCAACAUAAUGUAAUCAAUGUUAUAAACAUUGACUUUUAAUAUUUUGCCUUUUCUUAUUAUUUUUUUUAUUUUAUUAAUAAGCUAACAACUUAUAUGUUUUUAUGAUAUCACUUUUUAAGGCUAUGAAGCUAUUUGUGUUAUAAUAUCAUGUGAUUGUUAUUAUGUGUAUGGUAAUAAUUGUUAGAGUAUGACAAUUCCUAUGACUAUGUAAAACAUAGCUUCUGGCAUUUAAUUACUGUUGGAAUUUAUCUUGAGAUUUGUUUCAUGUAACAAUUUAGCAAGUAGUUAGAUUUUAAGUAUUAGCGGGUAUUCUUUACUAACAUAAGUUGACAAAGCCACCUUAUUAGAUAUUAUAAUUAUGUGAUCUAGAAAUUAAAAUUAGAGUUAGAAUCUCAAAUAGACCACCAUUACAAUUAAUGUCAUAUAAAUAAUAAAAGAAUUGUUGUUCAUAAGAGAUCUUUUUUUUUCACCCUAAAGUUGAUAAAUAAACCAAGGAUGCCCUUGGAAGUGGACGAAAGGGACUAAGGACUACACUGACAGACUCUUACUGACUAGGGAGCAUGAAACACUUUAUUCUACAGCUUCCGAACUCAUGGCACCCUAGUUCAUAAAGA